AUGAAAGGUAGUAAGCAUUCUGGUCAACUUAAAGAAGGGUAUACUGUGAAUGAUAUUAAACAAUUAGUUAAAGAUAAAUUUGGUUCUGAUAAUUUUCGACUUGUUGUUAAUGGAAAAGAAAUACAAGAUAAUGACCCAGCGAAAUUUGCUGAAUUAAAAAAAGAUAUCAAAAAUAAUACAGUCAUUUAUGUUUGCCAACGAAUGGAUGGUGGAUCAGGUAUGGUCGAUAUAGACUCACACAAGGCCACUAUUCUAGUUGAUCUUCAAGAUGAAUUACGUAAAAUUCCAACACAACCAAAUAAUUCAGAUUGUAUGAUUUGCACGGAAGAAAAAAAGUGCCUUAAAUUUUGUUGCAAUUCAAUUAUUUGUAAAGAAUGUUUCCCAAAUUACUUCAUUCAUUAUGAUUAUAAACUUACGUGUUUGACUUGUAACGAAGUAUUAGCGCCAGAAAAGUUUUUUAAAACACCACAAUUCAUCCAAUCACUUGUUCAACUAGACGAAACAACACUAAUGGCACGAAAUAUUGAUUUUCAAAUAUGUACAUGUGGUGCAUUUUGUGUUAAUAGUACUAUGUAUGCAAAACAAAAAUGUCCCAAUUGUCAACGAUGGUUAUGUUUUUUUUGUAAUUCUGAUUGGGAUGAAAAAGAGAAGAAAAUGCGUAAUGAAAAAUAUACGUGCAAAGUCAACUGCUUUUGGGAAACAAAGAUUACUUAUCAAUUGAUCACACUAGAAUAUAAUAAGAAUAUGCAAGUACCUAAUCGACGAUGCUGUCCAAAGUGUUUUGAAUGUGGUUCAUAUGAUCAAAAAUGCAAGUAUCAUAAAUAACAUAGUGAAGAAUAUUCGCUACCAAUUAUAUCUGUCUCUACAUCUAAAUUAAUAGCAACCAAUGUACAUGAUAUGGAUAGUCGAAUUGAUUCUGUUCCAUUUCAUUUUAAGAACAUAGAUUUAAACAAUACUUCAAGUUUGAUAUUAAAACCAAACCUAUCGUCUCCAUCAAAUCAUUUAAAAGCAUCUACAAAUGAUUCGAGUCUUUUGUCGACACGCGAUAUUCCAGGUGUCUGCGGUCUAAAUAAUAUUGGCAAUACUUGUUACAUGAAUAGUGCUGUACAAUGUUUAAAUAGUAUAUCAUAUAUAGUCGAAUGGGCUAUGAAUCAACCACGAUUAUCAACUUUCAAGAAUAUAAUCGAUGUUUAUGCUUCUCUAGUACAAUCAAUGUGGUCAGGUCAUCAUACAUAUGUUACUCCUCAGGAACUGAAAGGUUACAUCGGCCGUUUAGCUCCAAUAUUUUCUAAUUAUGGCCAGAAGGAUUCUCAUGAAUUUAUGAACGUUUUGCUUACUGAACUACAAACAGUCGAUUCAACUUCAUUCUUUAUGGAUCUCUUUCAAAUUCAUACUCAAUCAGAAACUACUUGUGAUAAAUGUCAACAUCAUGAUAGUAUUGAAGAAACAAGUACAUUCCUACCACUUCCAGUUCCUCAGUUGAAAUUACAUGAUAGUGCUGAAGUGUUAUUAGAAGAUCUCAUUUCAGAUUUCUGUCAAGAAGAUUCAUUAGACGGGCAAUACUAUUGUCAAAAGUGCGAAACAUGCCAAUCGGCACGACAUAAAACUACAAUUAUUCAACCAUUACCUCGUGCUCUCAUUAUUCAGCUUCAACGAUUUCCAUUUGAUGGUACAACUAGAAAGAUUAAUACAUAUGUUCAAUACAAACUUGAAUAUCAAAAUUUACUAUCGGAUAAUGAUCGAUACGAAUUAUAUGCUAUUUCAAUGCAUAGUGGAAGUUUAGCCGGUGGACAUUAUACAACAGUAGCACGAAAUUAUAAAAAUGCUCAAUGGAAUGAAGAUAAUAUGAAACUAUAUAUUGUUAUAUCGCCUUCUCUAAGUUUAUAUCAAUGGGAUGAUUUUGAUCAAUAUUAUAUACGUCUACUUAUAAAAUCAUUAUCUAACGAUAUAUCGGAACAGUCUGAAGGCAGUGCAUCAAUUGAUAUUGAUUGUAUACAAGCCUCUGAUACUUCCUCGAACUCUUUUGAAGCACAAUGUACUGAUUCUGUUCUUCUUAUUUUUAUUCGUUAUCUACAAUUAGUUGCAAUUAUUCCAUGGUCAUCACCAGUAUCUAUAUCUUAUCCUCUAGUUGAGACGCUCAAACGUAAUAAAACUGAUAUUUUACCGCCGAUUACUUCCGAGAAUAAAAAGAAAAGAAAGAAACACCAACAGCAAUCUUACAAACCUGGUCUAUGCGGUUUAACCAACAUCGGCAAUACAUGUUACAUGAAUAGUGCUAUUCAAUGUUUAAGUAAUAUACCCAAAUUUACCGAAUGGGCUCAAAUACAAGAGUCAUCAUCUGAUCAAAUAACUGUUACACAGGCGUACACUACAUUGAUAAAAUCAAUGUGGUCAGGUGAAAAUUCAUGUGUCACCCCUCAUAAUAUCAAACAACGUGUCAGUCGACAUAAUUCAAUCUUUGGGGAUUAUGCUCAAAAAGAUUCACAUGAAUUUAUGAAUUCUUUACUCAAUGCACUUCAUUCUGAGUUCAAGCAAAACAACUCAUUAAAAGAACAAUCAUCUAUUGUUACUGAUCUAUUUCGCAUUCGAACAGAAUCUGCAGUAACUUGCUUGGAAUGCAGUACUCGUGAUGCAAAUGAAGAGACAACUUAUUGUUUACCUUUAUCACUUGGAAAUGAAUCAGAAGUAUCUUUGAAUACAUUAGUGGAUGAUUUUUUGAAAGAAGAACUACUUGAUGGACAAUAUUACUGUUCAAAUUGUCGAGAACUUCGAUCUGCUACACAGAAAACCAACAUUUGUCAUCCAUUACCACCGGUAAUCAUCGUACAACUCAAAAGAUUCACUUUCGAUGAAACAAAUGAAAAACUAAAUGCAUUAGUCAAAUAUCCACUUGAGAAUUGGAAAGUUUUAAACGAUGAUAAUUCACUUUACGAUCUUGUUGCUAUUUCUAUGCAUGUCGGUAAUUUGAGACAAGGGCAUUAUACAACAUAUGCAUGUUCGAAUGACACUAAGCAGUGGUAUUCAUUCAAUGAUUCUUGUUUUGAACCUAUUUCUAAUAACUGUCUUGUAAAUCGAAAUGCUUAUGUUUUAGUGUAUUUAAAAAAUGAGAAGGAUGCACGCGUGUAA